AAGAAGAAACCGUCAACAACAUAGAACGACGGAACUUUGUCCGCGGCGUCACUCGACCUCGGUCUUCUCAGCAGGAGGGAUGGGGCUCGUACCAAGGAGAAGCAUUCUGCCCUCACUUGUCUUCGUUGUCCUGCUGUCAGAGGGAUACGUUCGACGGCAGGUCGAGGCUCAGCACUGUGUUUGGCAUGGAGAGUGUGGGGAGUCCGUGGCGGUGCAGGGAAAAAAGUACAACUGCAACUACACUGGUCCUCCCAUCCCACUAAAGCCUGAGGGUUAUGAGCUUCUCACGGAACUUUGUCCUGGAUAUGACUACGGAAACCGAAGCCUCUGCUGUGAUGUGGACCAGUUGCGCACUCUUAAAGGGAGUCUGCAGCUGCCCCUGCAGUUCCUGUCUCGGUGUCCCUCCUGUUUCUUUAAUCUGAUGAACUUAUUCUGUGAGCUGACAUGCAGCCCCCACCAGAGUCAGUUCAUGAAUGCCACACACAUCAACGCGUCCAGUGUAAUUGAAGUGCAGUACUAUAUUGGAAAAAGAUUUGCUAAUGCCAUGUACAACGCCUGUAGGGACGUCCAGGCACCAUCUAGCAACGUGAAGGCCUUAUCACUGCUGUGUGGCAAGGUUGCAAAGGACUGCAAUGCUACCAACUGGAUCCAGUUCAUGUUUGAUACAAACAACGGACAGUCUCCCUUCCCUAUCAUCCCAAUAUUCUCAGAUGUCCCGGUGUCUGGUUACACUCCCAUGAACAACAAGACCUAUGCCUGCACCGAAGGCUUGGAGGACGGUUCGGGCCCUUGCUCCUGUCAGGACUGCACAAACGCCUGUGGGCCCAAACCUGUUCCUCCCUCUCUCCCCCCACCCUGGACAAUAUUUGGUAUUGAUGCCAUGACCGUCAUCAUGUGGAUCUCUUACGUGGCCUUCCUGCUUAUCUUUUUUGGAGCUGUCCUGGCAGCGUGGUGUUACAGGAAAAGGACGAUAAUGUCCGAGUAUGGCCCCAUACUGGACAGUAACAACCCGCUGUCUCUCAACAGUGAUAAUCCUGACCAGGUCAAUGCGUCGUGCUGUGAAACUCUUGGCGAACGCUUCGAGAACGCACUGCGGACCCUGUUCAGCUCCUGGGGCUCCUUCUGUGUGCAGCAUCCCUCCAUGGUCAUACUGGGCAGCUUCAUACUUGUGGUGGCCGCCUCAGGGGGGCUGGUCUACAUGCGCAUCACCACCGACCCCGUUGAUCUUUGGUCGUCUCCCUCUAGCCAAGCGCGUCUAGAGAAGGACUAUUUUGACAGCCACUUUGGACCCUUCUUUAGAACCGCACAGCUCAUUAUAACCACUCCACUCAAUGACACUUUCAUCUACUCCCCAUACUUUGGAGGAUCGGAUGUCCCAUUCGGAGCCAUACUGGAUAAAGACAUCCUGCACCAGGUGCUGGAUUUGCAGCUUGACAUUGAAGCCCUUGUGGCCACGUACGAGGGUCAAAACGUCACCCUGAAGGACAUCUGCUUGGCCCCGCUGGCCCCGUACAAUGACAACUGUACCAUCCUCAGUGUCCUUAACUACUUCCAGAACAGCCACGAUGUGUUGGACCACAGCAUAGGAGAUGACUUCUAUGUCUAUGCUGACUAUCACAGUCAUUUCCUCUACUGUGUCAGUGCACCCGCGUCCCUGAACGACACCACUCUUCUUCAUGACCCUUGUUUAGGCACGUUUGGGGGCCCCAUCUUCCCGUGGCUCGCCCUUGGGGGUUACGAUGACACCAACUACAACAAUGCCACCGCUCUUGUGAUCACCUUUCCACUCAACAACUACCUGAACGACUCAGCCAGGCUCGGCAAAGCUCUGGCAUGGGAGAAAGAAUUCAUCAAGUUCAUGAAGAACUUCCAUAACCCCAACCUGACCAUCGCGUUCAAUGCGGAGCGGAGUGUUGAAGAUGAAAUCAACAGAGAGAGCAACGGUGACAUCAGCACCAUCGUGAUCAGCUAUGCCAUUAUGUUCAUAUACAUCUCUCUGGCCCUGGGUCACAUCCAGAGCUUCAGGAGAGUCAUGGUGGACUCUAAGAUUUCUCUUGGUAUAGCGGGCAUCCUGAUUGUGCUCAGCUCCGUGUCCUCCUCACUGGGGAUCUUCAGCUAUGCCGGCAUCCCUCUCACCCUCAUUGUGAUUGAGGUCAUUCCCUUCCUGGUGCUGGCUGUUGGAGUGGACAACAUCUUUAUUAUAGUGCAGACAUACCAGAGGGACGAGCGGAUGCCACACGAGGAACUUCACCAGCAGAUUGGUCGUAUUCUUGGAGACGUUGCGCCCAGCAUGUUCCUCUCUUCGUUUUCUGAGACGGUGGCCUUCUUCCUGGGGGCCCUGUCUAACAUGCCUGCCGUGAGGACUUUCUCUCUGUUUGCUGGCCUGGCUGUUUUUAUUGAUUUCCUGUUGCAGAUCAGUUGCUUUGUCAGCUUGCUCGGCUUGGACGCCAGAAGACAGGAGGGGAAUCGACUCGACAUCAUCUGCUGCGUGAAGCUGCCAGAAGGUCAGGAGUCAAAGACGGAUGGUUUUCUCUUCCGUUUUUUCAAGAAAGUCUAUGCCCCGUUCAUCCUCAAAGAGUGGGUGCGACCCAUCAUAGUGGCAGUGUUUGUUGGAAUACUCUCCUUCAGUAUCGCCGUCGUGAACAAAGUAGAGAUCGGACUGGACCAGAAAUUGUCCAUGCCCGAUGACUCGUACGUGCUGGAAUACUUUAAGAACCUCAGCGAGUAUCUCCACACUGGAGCUCCAGUUUAUUUUGUGGUGGAGGACGGUCUCAACUACAGUAGCCUGGAGGGCCAGAAUGCUGUAUGUGGAGGAGUGGGCUGCAACAACAACUCCCUGGUCCAGCAGGUCUACGCAGCCUCACUCAUAAGCAACUACACGACCGUUGCCGUCACUCCGUCGUCGUGGCUCGACGACUACUUUGACUGGGUGAAGCCUCAGUCCAGCUGCUGUCGAUACUACAACGCCAGCGGGGCCUUCUGCAAUGCCUCUGUGGUAAACUCAUCUUGUGUGCACUGUCGGCCCAUGACCCCCACUGGAAAGCAGAGGCCUGUAGGAGAUGACUUCAUGCAGUUUCUACCCAUGUUCUUGUCAGACAAUCCCAACGUCAAGUGUGGAAAAGGCGGCCAUGCAGCCUACGCCACAGCGGUGGACCUGUAUCCAAACAACAUGGGGGUGGGAGCCUCGUACUUCAUGACUUACCACACCAUCCUGAAGGACUCACCCGCCUUCAUAGAUGCCCUGAAAAUGGCCCGAAAUUUGGCUCACAACAUCAGUCAGUCCAUGGACCACAAAGUUUUUGCCUACAGCGUCUUCUACGUGUUCUACGAGCAGUACCUCACCAUCGCGUACGACACGGCCCUGAACUUGAGCGCGUCGCUGGCGGCCAUAUUUGUGGUGACGGCGAUGUUGCUGGGCUUCGAGCUGUGGUCGGCGGUGAUCGUCAGCCUCACCAUCGCCAUGAUCCUGGUCAACAUGUUCGGCGUCAUGUGGCUGUGGGAUAUCAGCCUCAACGCGGUUUCCCUGGUGAACCUGGUCAUGAGUUGUGGUAUCUCGGUGGAGUUCUGCAGCCACAUUGUGCGAGCGUUUUCCAUCAGCGUGAAGAAGAACCGGGUUGAGCGGGCUGAAGAGGCUCUGGCUCACAUGGGCAGUUCUGUCUUCAGCGGGAUCACACUGACAAAGUUCGGAGGCAUCUUAAUCCUGGCAUUUUCCAAGUCGCAGAUCUUCAAGGUUUUCUACUUCAGGAUGUACUUGGCCAUGGUGCUUUUGGGGGCGACGCACGGCCUCAUCUUCCUCCCUGUACUGCUCAGCUAUAUAGGUCCGUCGGUGAACAAAGCAAAGGUGUUUGCUGCUAAUCAGCGCUACGCUGGCACGGAAAGGGAGCGCCUCCUCAACUACUAGCAGGCCAGGACUAUGAACAGUGACCUCACCUUCUUGCCUGGAAGGGGCCGUGUGGGUGUGAGCGUCUCUGUGAUUACUCACACACUCAUUGUCAUUGCCACUACUAUGCACGGAUUUAACUCAGGAAGACACUUGGGAUGAGAGUGCCAGAGGCCUUGUUCAGCUGCACACUCACUGACUUCAGCAGCAGGCUUUUUCUAGACCCCCAUCCCCCCCGCCCCCACCGCCGCCACCACCAUUCCUCCUCACACUACAGGACAAGCCUGACCUCGGUGUUUGAAGCAUGAGCGACAUACAGAGGAGCAGACGGCAACACUCUGACAGGGUGGACGUAAGAGAGACGCCACCCCCGGCAUCAGUUCACUGACAAACCACUCAGUCAAAGGCUAUGAGCUAUUUUGAUUUGGGAAAACUUACAGCGUUAAAAACUGGUCAGUUCGUUUUUCAUGUUUUAAAAAAAUAUAUAUACCAGGACUUUGGGACUUUUGUAGAAAAAUUUGAUAUUGUGAAUCCUUCAUUGACUGUAAUACAACACACACCAGAGCUAACGGAAAACAACAGUGAUAUCAUAACUCCCCUAUAAUACCUGGCAUCCACAUGAAUCCUAUCCAGAGCUGUGUCUGAGUACUGCAUUAUAAAGCAGGCAAGCUUGUUAAAGCAUUUUCACGUUAUCAAAAUACGUUUCCUAUGCAACUAAUGAAUCUCGGAUUUGUCUUGGUUGCUCCUAAGUUUUAGUGCAGUCACGUUCGGAAUUCCAGCUCUCUGGAUUUUGAAAUUAAACGGUCCCCUUGAGGUUCAAACGGCGCCUUUCACAUUUUUUUGUUGGAAGAUCAGGGUAAAACUUUUACUUUUGUGAGCAUAUACACUCACCAAACCACUUUAUUAGGUACACCUUGCUAGUAAAAGGUUGGACCCCCUUUUGCCUUCAGAACUGCCUUAAUUCUUCGUGGCAUACUUUCAACAAGGCAUUGUCGUCCACACAACUGCCGCUCACUGGAUAU